UUUUAAUGAAUUUACAAAUUCAAAGUAAUGAUAUAUAAUAUUAUUGAUAAAAGAAAGGAUCUACAUAGCGAUUUAGUACAUUAUUAUUAUUAUCAAUAUUAUUAUUAUUAUUAUUUAGUACUGUUUCUACUGAUGAACUUAACAUUAGGACGAAACUCUAUAAUAAAUGAUCAAAUGCAUAUAUCAACCUUUCAUUCAACUAUAACAUAAUGCUUAAUAUAUUUUCUAUAUGUAUAUAUAUAUAGUAAAAUAAUAUUAUUUAUUUAAUAAUUGAAUCAAAGGAAUAACGAUAUCAUUAAAAAAAUUAUUAAUAUUAUUACUAAUACAAGUAUCAUUAUUAAUAGUAAUAAUAAUGGAAAAUGAACAUGAUAUAAAAUCAUUUCAUCGAAUGCCCAGUGAAAGAAGGCGUAAAUUAUGGUCGUUAGCAGCACGUGCAGCUGUUAAAUGCCCAGAUGAUGUUGAAAAAGAUAUAACAACUCAACAUGAAGGUUCAUUAAUUAAAGAAUCUGGAUCAUUAGCUAAAACUCAGGAUUCAGGUGUUUCAGUAGAUUUUGCAUAUGAUAAUCAACCAUAUUCAACAGCAUAUUCACCAUUUACUUCACAUUCACAUUGUCGUAUAAGUUUAGAUACUGAAAGUGCUGAAAAUUAUGAUUAUGGUAGAUUGUCAAGAGGUGUUAAAAGAUUUUACGAUCCUGUACAGAAUGUUACUUUAAGUGCAGACUUAAGUGACACUGCGAAUAUUGAAAGAGGAAGAAGUUAUGUAACAAAACGUAAAUCAGUAUUUUCAAUACCUCACAUUCCAUCUCAUAUAUCUUCUGCGAGUGCAAAUAUGAGACGUAUUAGAAAGGCGUCUAAACAAUUCGAUACAUCUAUCAAACAUGGUAGUGCAGAUACAUCAGGUUUAGGCAGUAGCCUAGAUUGGGUGUCUUUAGAAACUGGACAAACCCCAUUCUACCGAAAAAUGUCUUCACAAUAUGUACAUAAUCCAAGAACUAUUAUUACUGUUCAUAAAAGUUUGGAUGAAAAGCAAACUACUCGCCCUCUUGUUGUAAAAAAACACUUGACUAGUGAUGAUGGGGAUACUGAAAGAUAUUUAUUACAAGAGUUUCCCUUAAAAAUAUAUACUUCCACUAUAGCACCCGGAAAUCCACAGGAACCUAUUUUAAAUAGAGAUUUUGUAAAAUCCUCUCAACAUAGGCAGAAGCCUGUAAAAUUGCAGCAGCCAGUUUAUCAACCAGAUUACCAUCUAGAAACAACGAUCAGUGUCAGUGAAUCUGGUUCACCAUACAGACCAAAAAGUGAUAUUCCACCACGUCGUACUAUAAGGGAUCCUCAUAUGAUAACAAGAAGCUUUGACCAGGCAUAUUAUGCUCAUAAUAUACCGUACAAUCACUCAAACAUACCAACAACAAACGUAUCCAGAAGUGAUGAAGGCAGUAUACCACUAACUUAUUUCGACCAACAUGAAACAAUAAACUGGCCAAUUUUCACUGAAACUGAUGUUAACCUCUCAAGAUAUGCCUCAGGUUUAGAUGAUGAUACGCGAGAGAAAAUGUUAACUGAUAUGCGGAAUCGCUCAGUACACUGGGGUCCAAUAUAUAGAAAAGAUCGACGGUAUUAUCCAAAGGACUAUUAUUGGAUGAACCAACAACAACGAAAACGACAUGAACAGCAAAAAUCGAAGACAAUUUACAGGAGAUCACAUACAUUAGGUGAUAGUGCGGAGAAUAUUGACACUGAUUGGAUGCCAACUAGAUCAAAAGCACAGUUUAAAACACAACUUUACACUACACCCCCACCGACUGAUGAGAAAGAAGCUUACUAUAAUGGUUUAUUAAUGGAGCAUAAACUUAAAGAACCUCAUAUGGAUUUUCAAACCUUUUGUAGAUUGAGACGAUUAGGUCGAUUUAAUGAAAAAUAUCAUUUUGGAUUAGAUACAGGCAUAAUAGAUGAAUCACAAAGAUUAUUACGAGAAUCACAAGAUUCUUUUCAUCUUAAACCUACAUAUUCAACUCGUAGAAGAUGGACUUCAGCUGAAAUACCUGAAGUAAAAGUUUCACCAGUUUUUGCUGAUUCAGCUGAAAUAAAGUAUGGUGAGAAUGAAAGAGAAGAUCAUAGAACAAUUGAACAUUUUGAUCAAGUUUAUCCAAUCGAUGUAUACAAUUACACUAAAUAUACAACUGGUAGAAAACGUCCUUAUCAUGAACAAUUUUCUCCAUAUGAUCAACAUCGAAUCGCCUAUGAAGAUGAAGUUAUCAAACGUCCAUGGAGUCAAACACAUAAAACAGAUAGAUAUUUAACUCCACACAGAGGUGAUUCAUUGAGAAAAGCUUUAAGUUUAGAUAAACCAUCAUAUAUACCAACUCCAUUGCAUAAACCAUCUUCAUCACAACAAUAUUAUCAUUCAUCUCCUGAACAAUUAAAACAUCCUGAAGAAAGUUUAGAAUCGAAAUUUACACGUCAACAACACUUUAAAUAUCAUAUUCCAUAUUAUUCUUCAUCAUUUGACUAUCCAUCAUUGUCAAGUAGUAAAACAAGACCAUUAAUUCAUCCAGGUUAUAUUCAAACUUAUAAUUUUUUCUCGCCAAUUGAAGAAAAAGGUGAUUUUGAAUCUGAAACAAAAGGUCAUCCAUUAAUAAGUAGAUUUAAUGAGGAUAAAGAUGAUAUAUGUGAAAAAAAUGAAAAAAUUUAUCCUAUGCAGAUCAAAGACGAUCAUGGGCUUUCAACACAUAAACAAAAGUCUGCAUCACAUGUUACUACUGAUAUUACUGGUGAUACAAGUAAUCAUAGUAGUCAAAAAAAGAUUUAUCAAUCACCAUUAAAGAAAACAAUUUCACCUAGUGCGUCAACAGAUGAUAUUAUACCAUAUGAUAGAAAAUCUUUUAUAUCACAUAAAGAAGUUCGAAUUAAUGAAUCACAAACUCAUGAACCAACUGGAAUUAAAAAAUCAGUGACAUUAUCAAAUGAUAUUAAUAUUAAACAAUCACCACAAACUACAACACGACAUACUACAACUAUGUCAUCGAGUGGAAUUUUAAAAGUGUCUGUACAUUUAGGUGAAAGUGAAAUACAAGAAUUUGCUGAAUACUGGGACCAUAGUAUAUUUUCAGGUGCAAGAAUCACUGCAGUUUGUUUAGCUGGAGUGGCUUCUGUUUGCUUAGUUUGUUCUGUAUGUGCCAGCACAUGGUUAUAUCAGGGAUAUGCAAACAAUAUUACACAUAGUGGAUUUUGGAAACGUUGUAAUUAUUUCAAUCAAACAUGUGAAAUCAUGCUUCCUUUUAUUACUAAACAUGAAGGCUGGCAAGACGGUGCAUUCUUUAUACUUGUAUUGGCUAUAUUAUUAGGAUUUUUAGGAUUGAGUCUUUCAGUGGCUGGCCACUUAGUUUAUGCUCUUCCGAAAAGAUUAUAUUAUUUUCAUUCAGGCGGUGAGGCACAUGUCGUUGCAGCAUUUGUUACUGCCUUAUCAGUGCUUAUUUAUCACAUCACUAUAAAAUUACAUUUACGAACAGAAGGUCCUGUAAAUUUUGGUGAAGCAUAUGGUAUUUCAUGGUUUGCAUGUUUUCUACAUAUAAUGGCAGCAAUUUUAUUGCUUUUAGAUGAAAUUAUUAAUGAAUUAGUGAAUUUAGCUCGUCGAGUACAUUGUGUACGUACUUGUUUAAAAUGUAUUAUACAUACAUAUAGUAAAACUGUUCAGAAAAAACGUCAAUUAUUUACUCAUUAUAAUAUAAAAUUUUACAAUGAUAAAUAAACAUUCUUUUUUAAAUAAAAACAAAAAAUUCAAUGAAAAAGGAAUUAUUAUUGAUAUACAUCAUUUAGAGAACUUAUUCAUAUUGUUCUGUGUCUUUCUUGUAUACUUAUUAUUAUUAUUAUUAUUAAUAUGCAUUGAAUAUUCUAAAAUAUAGAUUCUUUCGACUUUAAUUGGCUCAACAUUCAGUAGAAAAAGAAAUAAUACUAGAGGAAUUCUUUCCAUUAUAUAAGGGAACUUCAAGGAUUAGUUAAUAUAAAUACACAAAUGAUGAUUUUUAGUUCAUCAUUCUAUGACAGUAUUGAAGAUCAAAAAUAAAUGCACAAGAUUACACAAGCCAUAAAUAAUGACAAAAAGUAAAGUACAUAACAAUAUUUUCAGAAAUAUUUUAAGAUAUAUAUACCUUGAGA